AUGAGACGAUUCGCCGGCCAAGACUCCAAGAAGAGCUUCGUAUGCCCGUACGCAUUGGUCGAAAAGCGUAGCAUCAUAUGCCGGGCGAGCUCCGUCACCGAGGCUGUCGCCAACUGCGCCUUAUUGCCGCCGCUGCUGCCAGACCGAUUUUGCACCACAUCCUGCAUGGAGGCCACAUGGAUGGUGAUUGGCACACCCUCUGUAGUGGUGAUUGCCAGGGUCCAGCAUAAGCUCGAUGCAAAUACUAGCAACAUUGGGGAUUGUGAUUGGUAUCAACGUCCUACGAAUGGGCGGCCCCUUUCAUUUCCUCUGCCGUCCGCCACAAACACGUUUCCGGCGGAGCCUUUGUGA